AUGAAAAACUCGAUCUACGAUCGCCUUUGGCGCCGGGAAUGCGGGGAAUCGUUGCGGUAUGCUGGGCUUCGGGGAAUUUAUGGAUCCAAGGAAUGGGUCAAUGAUCUUGACAUUGUGAAUGAACUCGGUGGGCACACUGGAUGUGUCAAUGCCCUCAGUUGGUCAAGUUCAGGGCGUCUCCUGGCGUCCGGCUCUGAUGAUAAGCACCUCAAUAUCUACUCCUACCAACCCGACUCCUCCAGUGCUCCAUUCGCGCUCAACACCACCGUUUUCACCGGCCACAGAGCUAACAUCUUCUCCGUGAAGUUUAUGCCACACUCGAAUGAUGGGACUUUGGUUACAUGCGCCGGCGACUCGCAGGUUCGCGUCUUCGAUAUCGAAUACUCAGCUGGGAGUAGAAAUGAUGCCGCCACUUCCGCAUUUGCGGCUUCCACUCGGAGGCGACGGUAUAAUGAGUUCUUUAGCGGCGCACGGUAUCUGAGUGACGGGAAUACCAACGCCAGAGUGUAUCGGAGUCACUCCGAUCGCGUAAAGCGCAUUGUCACCGAAUCGUCGCCGUUCCUCUUUCUCACUUGCUCCGAGGAUGGUGAAGUUCGCCAAUGGGAUCUGCGACUACCAUCUAGCGCAUACCCUCCACCACGGGGUGGCCAGGGCUUCAUGGCAAAUGAGUCGGAACAUGAUGACUCUAAUGUUCCACCCCCUUUAAUCUCCUAUAAGCAAUACAGCUUGGACCUCAAUACAAUCUCUUGCUCGCCAAGUCAGCCGCAUUAUAUUGCAUUGGGUGGUGCGCAUGUCCACUGCUUUUUGCAUGACAGGCGGAUGCUUGGCCAGGACACCUCCGCUGCAACGGGCAGCAGGUCUACCCCAAGCGCUGGCAGCUCUGCUGACGAGGAAAUGAGCAAGGCGACGCGAUGCGUGCGAAGAUUCGCACCGGGCGGCAAGCACCAUAUGAAAUAUCUUGAUGAUGGACACAUCACUGCUUGUAAAAUCAGUGAUGCAAACCCCAAUGAGAUAGUUGUUAGCUGGUCUGGUGAUCACAUUUACAGUUUCGAUUUGAUUCGCAGCCCAGAUGCCCGAGAGACCCAGGCGGGCGAUAAAUCCACCAUCAAAGGGAAGAAUGGACAGCCUCGUCGCAGUUCACGGAGCCGGAAGCGCAAGAAGCCCGCGACGCCUUCAUCGCAGGAAAGCGGCGGCCGACACCAGUCUCGCCUUCGCUCAGCAGAGCCAGAUACUGUCAGGAUCCAAUAUGAGAAUGGCGAGGCAGAGGAUGUUCCAUUCCCCACAGUCUCAGAUAGUGACAUAGGCACCACCCCCGAGAAUUUGCUUGAGCAGGCUCGGUAUUCUGUGCUGAAUGAUGCCCAGCGACUGAGCAUGCAGAUUGCAAAAGGAUUGGUAACACUUCGAAAGACACUCUUCUCCCUAGAAACGACAGUUCGGGAGGCCGCAGGGUCUGAAGACGGUGGACCUGAAUCGUACUCGAGAUCCUUUGCAUCCGCCCUGGAAAUGGCGUCUACGCUUCUUCCACAAAUGGCCGAUGUCAUGCGCGAAUGGAGCUAUCCCAUGAACCCAUCACGAGAGACCGUUAAUUUCCAGCAAUCGCUUCGUCGCAAUCGCCAAUCGUCGUGGAGAUUUGUCCAAGCUGCUGGCACACUUGCUCAUGCUUUAGCAGGUCAACCGCAAGAUCCAGAAGAAUCAAGCUUCGAGAUGAUCAAGCCUGCGCCGGGUGAGGAUGACCCCAUUGAUCCAGCAGCUCAGUUUGGCUACGAAUUUCUCCGAGCGAUUCUUCUCUGGCUGCAGGGCGGCAGGCAGCGUCUUCUAGAGGGAUUUCAACGCCGCAAUGCCCCUCGACGACUACAUGGCCGUUUCCCAAUCCCAGAUGAAUCCGACGAGGAUGCCAUCGAAACCAUCUUAGUGCCCUAUAUUAUGGAAUUGGCUCGUGACACUCCGAUUGUGAAUGUGGAUGCCAACAGAUUCGAGCAUGACAGUACGCGCAUCCUGUUCCAAACCCAACGAGCUGCCGUGACUGCGUUUGGGAAUGCUGUCAAAUUGCCCUUGGAAGAUCUCGGGGGCUCGGCUGCUAGGUUCGAUAGGCGCCGUGUUUCUAAUCCUACCUCACAAAUCCGCUCUCUCGACCGUGCCUCUGCGAAGAGGUUCUGGAUUUUGCGAGUGGGCAGAGGAAUCCUGAUGGAGACGGGUAAGGAAGUGAACUACAAAUUUGUCAACGAUGCUUUCGGUGGACUUCACGCCACAGUGCACGAGUCUGAGGGUGACUCAGAUGAAGAGAGAAACCAGACUGAUAUCGAUCCCAAUGAGGAGGAAGAACGAAUCCGACGCAUUGAACUCAUCAGGGCUGGUGGUUCUGUUGCCAGGCAGGAUAAUCCUCGGCCUGAAAGCUCCCAAGCUAAUGCAACAUCGUUGGACAAUGGCGACGUUGAUUCAGAUGAGGACGAGAGCGAUGGUAGUCAGGCAGAGGAAUCAACUGACGAUGAAGAUCUUGAUGGCUGGCCCAUGGAUUCAUCUUUGGAUGAAGAUGGCGAGGAUUCUGAUUCCGAUGACAUUAUCUCCCGGAGAUAUGCCAUUCGAAAGGCGCGACAUAAAAAUCUCGAGCGCAAUGUUCCCUGUGUACCUCAUAUGCGAAGCUAUCGCGGCCACUGCAACGUCAGGACCGUCAAGGAUGUCAACUAUUUCGGGCUGAAUGAUGAGUACGUGGUCAGCGGCUGUGAUUCUGGUAAUAUAUUCAUCUGGGACCGCAAAACAUCGAAUCUGGUCAACAUCCUAGAAGGUGAUACUGAGGUUGUCAAUGUCGUUCAAGGUCAUCCCUAUGAACCAAUGAUCGCCGCUUCGGGAAUUGACAAGACCAUCAAAAUUUUUUCGCCAGACCAGAAUGCUCAAGAAGAUGCUCGUAAUGGUGUGAACAUCCUCGAUCCCGACAAUCCAUCCAACCAGUUUGGUCGAACACUCUCCAGGAUAGGCGGUCUCGAGAGCCGAAAGCGAGUCCAUGAAAGCUACCGCAUCAUGAGCCAAAACGAUGUUGAACGUCGUGGCGGUAUGAGCGAGGCACACAUAACUCGGAGUAUGCUCGAGCGCCUGGCUACCAACCUGAGGGGUGGCGGCCUUGGGGUUGGAAUUGAUGAUAUUGCUUCUCCUGGUGAACAUCGCACUAUUGUUAUUGAUGAUAAUUGCUCGGUGAUGUAA